AUGGUCUCUGGUAGCAAUGAGGUGGCUGACGCACUCCCCAUGCCCUCCAUCCUACAUCUCCAACUUCCUCCCGGUCUCGACCUAGCUGACAUGGCCGUUGAACAACGUCGUGUUGGUUCUCCCUGUGACGAGGACUUUUACAUACCCCAACUCCAGGAAUUGCCACUGAUGGCAAUGGCACCACUAUGCGACGUCUCCAACAAUUCCCACCAUCCUUUAGCAUCGCCAUCCCUCCGCCGAAAUGUCUUCCCCUCCCUACACAACCUUUCUCACCCUGGCAGUCGAGCUACCGACAAACUGGUUUGCAACCGCUUCGUCUAG